AUGUAUGACGAGAACAGUAACACGGCUCCAGCAGGCUCAGUAGCAUCAGUCCCGUCCGCUGCUCUUGCUUCAGGACAACUUUCUGGCAAUGUUGCCGCACCUAGUACUGCUCUAGUUUCACAACUUUUAAAUGUAAAAGAUUCUAGAUGGUUACAGGUAGAAGUAUGUCGCGAAUUUCAACGGGGACAGUGUGCACGAAGCGAUCAAGAAUGUAAAUUUGCUCAUCCUCCUCCUCACGUAGAUGUCCAACAAGGACGUGUAACUGCAUGCUAUGACAGUAUUAAGGGACGUUGCACGCGUGAAAACCCAAAAUGUAAAUAUCUUCAUCCACCUCAACACAUCAAGGAUCAGUUACUCAUUAAUGGCCGCAAUAAUUUGGCGCUAAAAAAUCUUAUCUCAGCUCAGUUGAAUCAAGGAACGGGUGCAACACCUUUAGUUAAUCCACUUCAAUCAUUACAACAAAUCCAAUUGCAUCAGCAACAACAAGCUAACUUAGCCGCUGCCAAUCUCAUUCCAACUUUGCAUUAUCCUUACUAUCAGGGCAUGAUAUAUCCAGCUAUGCUGCAAGAUCCUUAUCAGGCUGCUGUAACUCAGCAACUGCAGGCUGCGGCAUUGCUACAGAGCGCGGGCAGUGGAGCUACAGCUGGAGGACAUGUAGGGCAUGGAGGACUGCUAGCUGCGCAAGCUGCUCAGUUAACAGUUCUCCAGCCCAACCUUACAAAUACAGCACCCGCGCUCUCCCUGCCUCCGUCCGUCGUGCAGCCUACGCCCACGCCAUCACAAGCUGCUAAACUGAAUAGGAAGAGAACAUUGGAGGAUGAUGAUAUUGCCAGCAAUACUCAACAAGCUCAUCUGCUGAACCUGGCUGCUGCCGUGUCUGCUGCGGCUGGCGUUCCGUGUAAACGUCCAGCAUUGGACAAAAACGGGACAGUCGUCUAUCAGGGACAACCAACUCAACAGUUCAAUCCUUACCUUCUUCAGGGUCUGCAAGGCUAUGUGCCUGCUGUGUCUUUCAGCGGUCAGUUGCCGCCUCGCUACUAG